GCUUUGGUGGACAGGAAGCUGGAGAUAGUGGUUCUGGCCGCGGACGCUUUCGGCACAAAGCCUCUUUGGUACGGCAUCUCCUCCGACGGGCUGCGCUUUGCUGCUGCAUCCUAUCGAAGUGCACUCACAGGGCUUGACCUUUCACAGAUACGGCCUGUGCCCCCGAACUCGAUCCUUGUUUUCACCGCAAAGGAAGCGGAGCCCGUCCAGCUCAUUCAGCAGUUUGCGCAGUUUGAGUUUGACCUCAGGCAGUGGAAGUCCGACACCAGAGAUUGGGAGAAGGCCUUCGUGCGAGCUGUAGCCCAAAGAGCCGGGCAAAGUCGUCACCAGUUUUGGCUUGGCCUGAGCAGUGGACACGAUUCCGGAGCGGUCCACUGUGCCGUGGAGCUUUUGGCAUCUGGCGCACUCCGCGAAGGCAAAGAUGAAGGUGAACUGCGGAACACCACACUACCACAAUUGGAGUCAUUUGGCCGGAAGGGUUACGCCGCAUGGAUCGUGCGUGCCGUCGAAUGGAUGGACUACCUGCACGACCGCGUCGAGUACCAUGUGGAUGUGCAUAUCUCCGGGUUAGCGUUUCUCAUCCAGCUCGGGCUGCUGGACUACCAGGAGCAUCAGGUCUUAAUUCACAAUCGUGCCGAACCAUCAUCGUAUCCGUUGGUGAUGGAUGGAGCUGCCGUCGCGUUGUCCAUCAUUGGGCAGAGAGCGCGACAACUGGGUCAACUGGUCUACAUCAGUGGGCAGGGGGCCGACGAGGUGCUCAGUGACUAUGGCUUUCUCGGGGUACAUGUGAACAUUGACAAGGACCGCAUCAGCCCGAAGCGCCGCCGGCAUCAGUUCUUCCCGGAAGACCUUUCCCAGAUCUUUCCUUGGAACAACUUCUUUCGAGGUACGAUGCGCAACUUCAUAUUCAAGGAGGAAGUGAUCCUAGGUGUCCACGGGAUUGAGACUCGGUACCCCUUUCUGAGCACACGGGUGGUGCAGGAGUACCUAUGGCUUACGAGUGAAGCCAAAAAUCGACUGUACAAGGCGCCAGUUUCCGAAUUUCUGUCUCGGUAUGGCUACUCGUAUAAAGACUCGUCAAAGCUGGGCUUCAGUGCAUCACAGAACGUCGAUCCCGAGGCUUCCAGCGUUAGCAUGCUGCCCACAGGCCGGCCUAUUGCCAAGAAGUUCUGGGAAGACCUUCUGUUGAAGACAAGUGUCCAUUGCUUGGGUGGCAACAGUGUGCCAGGAAUCCGGGAAGAGCUCCUGGAAUUGGCUUCAAAGCUGCGGCGCCCAUGUGCACUUUUCGGCGAUAUUAGUGAGUGGAUCGUGGCAAAGAGGAUUCUAAUGUGGGCCAACCUGUUGACGGACUUCACCCCUCGCUCCACAGAGUGCGAUGUAAAUGCAGUCGCAGUCCACUUUGCCGGCUUGGCGCUCUGGAGCCUGAAAGGGGCCCAGAAAAGGUCGGUGAGAGCGGGAGGAUCACCUCCUCCGUGGCCGUGCACUUCGAGGGCAGGGGGAGGGAAGCGGGCCCGCUCUUUUCAACGCGCCAGAUGCAUUGGGUGUUGA